UUCCUCCAGAGCACGCAGAGGCCAUGAGGUCAGUGGAUGGAAGCAGUGCACGAGUAAGGAGGGGGAUGGAUGCUGUCAUCACGUAUGUUAAUUAAGGGUGCAGUCAUUGCAUAUGCAAAAGGUUCAGUUGUUGUAUAAAUUGCACUGGAUCGAGACACGAGUUGGGAGUCGUUGCGAGGUGGUCACUCGUUGCAAUCCAGGGUAGAAAUGCUCUGAGCAAAGGGGAUUUUACCACGUAACUCGGACGGGGGAUUCAACAUGAUCUGCAAAGGAAUAUCUGUUCUAUUGGAAUUAUGGACUGAAGGAGUGCUCUUUCUGCACUGUUUGAGGAUUACAAAAGACUGUGAUCUAAAAAUAACGCUGACUGAAGGAAUAUAACUGAACUCUACUAUUUCCAAAGGAUUAACACCAGAAUGGAUUAACAAAGUUUUUACUGGCCCAAAGAACAAAAAUGGAUACAAGCAGAUCUAAAUCUGGACUGAACUCUCUCUCCACCUCCUCCCUGGAGCAGAGCCCAGCGGGGCGUCGGUCUUCAGGUUUGCCGGGGACAUCCGGCGCUCUGAAGGCGCUGAGGAGUCGCCGCCUCCUCCUGUCAGUCGAGUCGCUGCUUCGCCGGUGGAACCCGGAGCCCCGGACCGGUGCGAGGAUGACGGAACCGCCGCAGCAGCACUACCUGGAGCUCAGCGAGAACCCGGUCCAGUUCGAGCACGCGUCCAGCGUCAACAACGUCUUCUUCGACGAAGCUAACAAGCAGGUGUUCGCGGUGCGUUCAGGUGGAGCUACAGGUGUGGUGGUUAAAGGUCCAGAUGACAAGAGCAGUGUUGCCUUCAGGAUGGAUGAUAAAGGGGAGGUGAAAUGCAUCAAGUUCUCUAUUGGAAAUAAGAUCCUGGCAGUUCAGAGAACCUCCAAAUCUGUGGAUUUCAUCAACUUCAUCCCCGACUAUCCUCACACUGAAUUCAGUCAGGAGUGUAAGACGAAGAACGCCAACGUUCUGGGAUUCUGUUGGACCAACUGGAACGAGAUCGUCUUCAUCACCGACCAGGGCAUCGAGUUCUACCAGGUGUUUCCAGACAAGCGCAGCCUGAAGCUCUUAAAGAAUCAGAGCAUCAAUGUGAACUGGUACCAGUACUGUCCAGAGACGGCCGUCAUCCUGCUGUCCACCACCGUCCAGGGAAACAUCCUGCAGCCCUUCGCCUUCAGAAACGGGACCAUGUCCAAGAUGUCCAAGUUCGAGAUCGAGCUGCCAGUCAUCCCCAAACCCGCCAAACUCAGCCUGUCAGAGAGAGACAUCGCCAUGGCAACCAUUUACGGUCAGCUGUACGUCAUGUAUCUGAAACAUCACUCCAGAACGGCCAACAGUCCCAGUGCAGAGGUGGUUCUGUACCACCUGCCCAGGGAGGGAGCCUGUAAGAAGAGCCACGUAUUGAAGCUGAACACGACGGGGAAGUUUGCUCUGAACAUCGUGGACAACCUGGUGGUGGUUCAUCACCAGAGCUCUCAGACGUCUCUGAUCUUCGACAUCAACCUGAAGGAACCUGACUGUGCCGUCAACACCCACCAGCCCGUCCUGCCUGCCCGGUCCAUACACCCCUAUAGGAUGCCACUGGCAGGUCCAGCAGUCGUUCCCUCUCAGCCUCCAGUGCCAUGCCAGCUCUACUCGUCCUCCUGGAGUGUCUUCCAGCCCGACAUCAUCAUCAGCGCCAGUGAAGGUUACCUGUGGUACCUGCAGGUGAAGCUGCAUCCAACAGUCAACCUGCUGCAGGACAAAGGAAAGCUGAUGGACUUCCUGUUACGACGCCGAGACUGCAAGAUGGUCAUCCUGUCCGUCUGCUCCCAGAUUCUGGAGGGUGGCGUUAAAGGAAGUCUUCCUGUGGUGGCGACUGUCUUCGACAAACUCAACCAGGUGUAUAAAGAAUACCUGGAGGCGGAGCAGAGCUACACGGUGGCGAUGGAGUCCGGACCGAGUCGAGGCAGCGCCGCCCAGAAACGCCCCGUCAGAACCCAGGCGGUCAUCGACCAAUCAGACAUGUACACACACGUCCUGUCAUCGUUCACAGAGAGGAAGGAAGUGUCCCAUAAGUUUGUGAUCGCCGUGCUGAUGGAGUACAUCCGCUCUCUGAACCAGCACCAGAUCACCGUCCAGCAUUACCUGUAUGAGCUGGUGAUCAAGACUCUGGUCCAACACAACCUGUUCUACAUGCUGCACCAGUUCCUGCAGUACCACGUCCUCAGCGACUCCAAACCUCUGGCGUGUCUGCUGCUGUCUCUGGAGAGCACCUAUCCUCCUGCUCACCAGCUCUCUCUGGACAUGCUCAAGCGUCUUUCCACGGCGAAUGAUGAGAUCGUUGAGGUUCUUCUGUCCAAGCAGCAGGUUCUGGGCGCGCUCAGAUUCAUCCGCAGCGUCGGUGGCCACGACAACGUUUCGGCCCGGAAGUUUCUGGAUGCAGCGCGUCAGACCGGAGACCAGAUGUUGUUCUACACCGUGUUCAGGUCGUUCCAGCAGCGGAACCAGCGGCUCAGAGGAAGUCCAGCCUUCAACCCUGGAGAACACUGUUACCUAUGGUACCUGCAGGUGAAGCUGCAUCCAACAGUCAACCUGCUGCAGGACAAAGGAAAGCUGAUGGACUUCCUGUUACGACGCCGAGACUGCAAGAUGGUCAUCCUGUCCGUCUGCUCCCAGAUUCUGGAGGGUGGCGUUAAAGGAAGUCUUCCUGUGGUGGCGACUGUCUUCGACAAACUCAACCAGGUGUAUAAAGAAUACCUGGAGGCGGAGCAGAGCUACACGGUGGCGAUGGAGUCCGGACCGAGUCGAGGCAGCGCCGCCCAGAAACGCCCCGUCAGAACCCAGGCGGUCAUCGACCAAUCAGACAUGUACACACACGUCCUGUCAUCGUUCACAGAGAGGAAGGAAGUGUCCCAUAAGUUUGUGAUCGCCGUGCUGAUGGAGUACAUCCGCUCUCUGAACCAGCACCAGAUCACCGUCCAGCAUUACCUGUAUGAGCUGGUGAUCAAGACUCUGGUCCAACACAACCUGUUCUACAUGCUGCACCAGUUCCUGCAGUACCACGUCCUCAGCGACUCCAAACCUCUGGCGUGUCUGCUGCUGUCUCUGGAGAGCACCUAUCCUCCUGCUCACCAGCUCUCUCUGGACAUGCUCAAGCGUCUUUCCACGGCGAAUGAUGAGAUCGUUGAGGUUCUUCUGUCCAAGCAGCAGGUUCUGGGCGCGCUCAGAUUCAUCCGCAGCGUCGGUGGCCACGACAACGUUUCGGCCCGGAAGUUUCUGGAUGCAGCGCGUCAGACCGGAGACCAGAUGUUGUUCUACACCGUGUUCAGGUCGUUCCAGCAGCGGAACCAGCGGCUCAGAGGAAGUCCAGCCUUCAACCCUGGAGAACACUGUGAGGAACAUGUGGUUCACUUCAAGCAGCUGUUUGGAGAACAGGCGCUGAUGAAACCUUCCACCGUGUGAAGAACCAGAAGAUUGCCACGUACUUCGAUGCUAACAGGAAGUGGAACGGUUAUUCACUGUUUACUGUUAUCUUUGACCACAGAGCAGCAACUGAAACAACAAUGGAGCAUUUAAAUCAGAUUAAAAAACAAACAUCACUGAGAUUGGACAAACAAACUCGUGGAAAUUUUAAUGAGAUUGAAGCAUGAAAAAGUAUCAAAUAUUUGGCGGAUAAAGUCACGUUUUGAUGAAAUGCUGCAAAACAUCACAAGUUUUAUUUUAAAAGAGCCAGUUUAAUUAGAUGAAACUACUUAACACAGGAAGUAUGAAGAUAUUUCAGUACAUUGCUUUUAUUGUCAGAAAUGCCAUGAAUCAAAUCAAGAACAAGUUUAUAUAAAUUUGUUGAGUCUUAUGAGAAUAAAGUCGGCCUCUGUUGUUCGCAAGAUAAUUAGAAUAAAAUUAUUUUGACAUUUUUGACUUGACUCCUAAAAUAUUGUGACUUUAUUUUCCAGAUGUUUUUCCCUCAGUGGUUCGGAUUUUUCGUUUAAGUCAACUUGUUUCAAAAAGCAAACGAUAGACUUCAGUAAUCAGGAUCCUCAGGUGGGGCGCUGCUCUGAUGUCACGUGUUGUGGGUGGGGCCAUAUGUGUUGUGGGCGAGGCCAAACACUAUGUUCAGACACCCGUGUGAUAUACUGUUUAUUUUGUAAAACUAAGAUGAAUUAUUGUGUUGAAGCUGUUUUAACAUAAAACUGCACUGAACUGUAUGAAGGCUCAAAUAUUUUAAUGCUGUUAAAAGAAACUAAAAUGAAACUUUACCAUGUCUGUAUAUGAUAAAUGAUUGAACUGCA